CACCGCUUGAUGGGCGUGGCCUAAGCCGGUGGGCCUUAUAGGCCGCCGUAAUCUGCCCCAGCUGUUUCUUUCGUUGUCGCUGCCUGUUUGUCUGCCGAGGUUUACGGAAGUGUGCGCGUGGGUAGGAUGGCGGUGGCGGAGGCUAGCGCUAGGUACUCGGAAGGAGCGAGUGCUGCAGCUCGGCUAGAUCCGCUCUCCCGCUUCACCUGCCCUGUGUGUCUGGAGGUGUUCGAGAGCCCCGUUCGGGCGCCCUGCGGUCACGUCUUUUGCAUGCCGUGCAUUCAGGAGUGUCUUAAGCCGAAAAAGCCAGUUUGUGGAGUUUGCCGCAGCACCCUGGCUUAUGGCAGCAGAGCUCUGGACUUGGAAAAGCAAAUUGAAAUGACAGAGACUACUUGCAAUGGCUGCAAUAAAAAAAUGUACCUCUCAAAGCUGCGUAGUCAUGCAGCUUCUUGCAUGAAAUAUCAGAACUACAUUAUGGAGGGUGUUAGAGCUGUGACUAAAGAUCCACCACAGGAUACAAGGAGUGUUCCAAAUAGGUUUACAUUUCCAUGUCCUUACUGCAAUGAGAGAAACUUGGACCAGGAAGGACUGGUUGAACACUGCAGAAAGUAUCACAGCAUGGAUGCAAAACGAGUGGUAUGCCCAAUUUGUGCUUCCAUGCCAUGGGGAGACCCAAACUAUAGAAGCGCUAACUUCAUGGAACAUCUCCAGCGACGACAUCAGUUUUCCUAUGAUACAUUUGUGGAUUAUGAUGCUGAUGAAGAUGAUAUGAUGGCCCAAGUUCUGUUGCGUUCCUUGAGAGAUCAAUGAACAAAAUGCUUAAUAGGGAAAUGCGCCACAGACACUACUUGCCUCCAAGAAUCUUGGGCAUCCAUAAACUUAAAAGUAAACCGUGUCUCUGGGUUCUGGUUCCUGCUGUAUCCAUACGCAUUGCUUUGCCAUCUCUUCUAGUGGUCCUUCCCUUGCUGCCCAUCUGCUGCAGGAUGCCUUUGUUCCUUCCAGCUAACUUUAGGAUAGUCUUCUCUACUUUGAUUUUCCUUCCCUUCAGUUCUUUUGAGGUCUACAGACUAACUCUCCAGGAGCAUUGCAAUAACUUGGCCUGUGACCACCCUCCUCAGAUGUUGUUGCAGUCUUGAACAUGGACCAGCCUUUAGAAACUCAAACUUACUUGAGAUGUGGAAGACCUGGUUAUUAGACUUAGAUAUUGGAAGCAGGUUUUAACUUCAUGAUUUCUCUAGACAAAUGGCAGACGUGACUCCAUUUCUGGAUUUACAAAAGCUAGUUCAGUUAGCCCUUAAACAUUGCAUAUAGUCUAGCUGUGAGCAAGUUACUACACUUUCAUAGUAGGCCUAUGUUUUAGUUCAGCAAUUGUACAGUAUCUUCUGCUGGACUUGCUUCUGUAAGUUUAGAGGUAAUUGGUUAAGGUUAACUGCUUUCUUGAUAACUUAUUUUUCUAUCUCUUGACAUAUAUAAAGUUCAUUUGCGAAGUGUGA